AAAUUUUAAACGGUUACCCGAGUGACGAGUCAAAGCUACAUGGAGGAAGCUUCCUAAAUUUCUCUCUCUCGUUCGUUAUUUUCUCGAGAAAGCGACGGAAAAUCUAUAUUAGCAGAGAAUCAUAAGAACAAAGGGAAAAGUGCUGAGAAACGACGCCUCUGAGCUCUCCUUCCGCCGAUAAUCGAGGUACCUUAUUUUCUAUUUAACAGUAACCGUCUCUGAGAUUUCAUGCUUUACUCUUUGUGUGAUUGUUUAUUCGAUCACUCUCCUGGUUUGGCACGAUUCACGAUGUUAUCGUACACGUUUCGUUGGACUGCUCUAUCACUGAAUCAGAUUCUACUCCUCGAUUUGAAAUUUGAUUUACCGGUUUAGGAAGAGCGUAUUUGAAACAUCAACAGUGUGUCUUGAGUGUGGUGCCAUCUCUCCUGCGAUAGCCAUGAGUGGACCAUUCAAGAACUCUCCACGAGGGGAAGACAAGGACGUGGAGGCUGGGACUAGCACCUUCACUGACUAUGAAUAUGAAGAUAGUCCCUUUGACAUUACCACUACUAAGAAUGCUCCUGUUGAGAGGUUACGCCGUUGGAGGCAAGCGGCGCUUGUGCUGAAUGCGUCUCGUCGAUUCCGAUAUACUCUGGACUUGAAAAGGGAAGAAGACAAGAAACGGAUGCUGAGGAAGAUGAGAGCGCAUGCCCAAGCAAUAAGAGCUGCACACCUUUUUAAAGCAGCUGCAAGCCGAGUGAAUGGAAUUACAAGUUCACCUCCAACUCCUGGCGGUGGCGAUUUUGGUAUUGGACAGGAGCAAAUUAUAUCGAUAUCAAGGGAUCAUAAUAUAGGAUCUCUGCAAGAACUUGGUGGAGUCAAAGGGUUAUCUGGCCUGUUGAAAACAAACUUGGAGAAGGGUAUACAUGGGGAUGAUGAUGACAUAUCGAAAAGGAAAUUUGCUUUUGGAUCAAACACAUACCCGCAGAAGAAAGGGAGGAGUUUCUGGAGGUUUGUAUGGGAAGCUUCUCAAGAUCUUACUUUGAUCAUACUGAUUGUAGCAGCAGUUGCUUCUUUAGCAUUGGGAAUAAAGACCGAGGGUAUCGAGAAAGGAUGGUACGAUGGUAUCAGCAUUGCUUUUGCUGUUCUUCUUGUCAUUGUGGUGACGGCUACCAGUGAUUAUCGCCAAUCUCUUCAAUUCCAGAACUUAAAUGAAGAGAAAAGAAAUAUACAUCUAGAGGUUACCCGCGGUGGGAGAAGAGUUGAAAUUUCAAUUUAUGACAUUGUGGUAGGCGAUAUCAUACCUCUCAAUAUUGGCGAUCAGGUACCUGCUGAUGGAGUUUUAGUUGCUGGCCAUUCCUUUGCGGUUGAUGAGUCCAGCAUGACUGGGGAAAGCAAAAUUGUUCACAAAAACUCUGCUAAGAAUCCAUUCCUAAUGUCUGGCUGUAAAGUUGCAGAUGGCCACGGGACAAUGCUGGUUACUGGGGUAGGGGUCAACACUGAAUGGGGCUUACUAAUGGCUAGCAUCUCAGAAGACAAUGGUGGAGAAACACCACUGCAGGUACGCUUGAACGGUGUUGCAACAUUUAUCGGAAUUGUGGGGCUUACAGUUGCUGGCGUUGUUUUAUUUGUCCUUGUCGUCCGCUACUUUACUGGUCACACGAAGGAUGCAAAUGGAGCCCCACAGUUUGUUGGAGGGACGACAAAAUUUGAUCACGUGCUAGAUGAUCUUGUUAAAAUCAUCACGGUUGCAGUCACAAUCGUUGUAGUGGCAGUGCCUGAAGGGCUUCCUUUAGCUGUUACCUUGACUCUUGCAUAUUCCAUGAGAAAAAUGAUGGCAGAUAAAGCUUUGGUGCGCAGGCUUUCCGCCUGUGAGACCAUGGGAUCUGCAACAACAAUUUGCAGUGAUAAGACGGGAACUUUGACCUUAAACGAGAUGACCGUUGUUGAGUGUUAUGCUGGGUUUCAAAAGAUGGAUCCUCCGGACAGCAGCUCAAAACUGCCUCCUGCUUUUACAUGCAAACUUGUUGAGGGGAUUGCUCAUAAUACAACUGGCAGUGUGUUCCUAUCUGAGAGUGGUGAGAUUCAGGUUUCUGGAUCGCCGACAGAAAGAGCAAUUCUCAAUUGGGCGAUAAAGUUAGGCAUGAAUUUUGAUGCCCUUAGGUCUGAGUCUUCUGCAAUACAUUUUUUUCCAUUCAACUCAGAGCAGAAACGUGGAGGCGUAGCAGUGAAAUCAUUUCAGCCGGAUUCGAGUGUCCAUGUUCACUGGAAAGGCGCUGCGGAAAUUGUAUUGGGUUCCUGCACACACUAUAUGGAUGAGAAUGAGAGUCUUGUAGAUAUGAGUGGAGAGAAGAUGGCCGAGUUAAAAAAUGAUAUCAAUGAUAUGGCUGCAAGGAGUCUCCGUUGUGUUGCAAUUGCCUUCAGAACACUUGAAGCAGACAAGAUUCCAACUGAUGAAGAGCAACUUUCAAGAUGGGUCUUACCUGAUGAUGAUCUUGUACUGUUGGCUAUUGUUGGUAUUAAGGAUCCAUGUCGCCCAGGUGUCAAAAAUUCAGUUCUACUAUGCCAACAAGCUGGAGUCAAGGUUCGAAUGGUGACUGGUGAUAACAUUCAAACUGCCAAAGCAAUUGCACUAGAGUGCGGUAUAUUAGCUUCAGACUCAGAUGCUAGUGAGCCUAAUCUGAUUGAAGGAAAAGUAUUCCGAUCCUAUUCAGAAGAAGAAAGAGAUAGGAUUUCUGAAGAGAUAUCUGUAAUGGGUAGAUCAUCACCCAAUGACAAACUUCUUCUUGUGCAAUCGCUGAAGAGAAGGGGACACGUCGUGGCUGUGACUGGUGAUGGAACCAAUGAUGCUCCUGCACUUCAUGAGGCAGAUAUAGGUCUCUCUAUGGGUAUCCAAGGCACUGAAGUUGCAAAAGAAAAGUCAGACAUUAUUAUUUUGGAUGAUAACUUUGAAUCCGUUGUGAAGGUUGUCCGUUGGGGUCGAUCUGUGUAUGCCAAUAUUCAGAAGUUCAUCCAGUUUCAGCUCACGGUUAAUGUCGCAGCUCUUGUCAUCAACGUCGUGGCUGCCAUAUCCUCGGGGGAUGUUCCACUAACUGCAGUACAGCUCCUUUGGGUCAAUCUUAUAAUGGAUACUCUUGGAGCUCUUGCUUUAGCCACCGAACCACCAACCGAUCACUUGAUGGAUCGAGAUCCUGUUGGCAGAAGAGAACCUCUCAUCACAAAUAUCAUGUGGAGAAACUUGCUUGUACAAGCGAUGUACCAAGUGACAGUCUUGUUAGUCCUCAAUUUCCGUGGAAUAAGUAUCCUUCAUCUGAAGAGUAACCCCAAUCCCGAGAGAGUGAAGAAUACUGUCAUCUUCAAUGCCUUUGUCAUCUGCCAGAUCUUCAACGAGUUCAACGCACGGAAGCCAGAUGAAAUAAACAUUUUCAAAGGAGUUCUCCGUAAUCACCUCUUUGUGGGCAUCAUCUGUGUCACCGUUGUGCUCCAGGUAGUCAUCGUCGAGUUCCUUGGAACAUUUGCUUCAACGAUUAAGCUUGAUUGGGAGAUGUGGCUCGUCUCGAUCGGAAUUGGUUCCAUCAGUUGGCCAUUGGCGGUGAUCGGAAAAUGCAUACCAGUUCCAGAAACUCCGGUCAGCCAAUACUUCAGAAUAAACCGGUGGAGAAGGAACUCAUCAGGUUAAUAAAAACUAGUUUGAAAAGAUACCAGAAGUGGAUUUAGUAGUAUCCAACCUGUGAAUACUUUUAUACUACUAUUUUGCCUUCUCUUCCCACGUACUUUCGCAAAAUGCUUCUUCCUCUUCUUGUUAAAUACAUCAAACAAAUACAAAAUAUAGCUAUUUUUGUUAACGUUGCAAAGUAGCUUAAAUAUGAACAGGUGGUCGUUCCAUCUUUGUAAAAGGCUUUCAAUAUAUGGACCUCGGUUUGUUGGUGCGACGA